AUGCCGGCAGGGCAAUCUAGCACAAGGACCGGAGCAGUAGUGCAGUCUUCGAUUGUGGAGCAUGGAAUCAACGCGCUCCGCAGCGAGGCAGUAGCAUCGACGCCUUCGCCUUCGCCUUCUCUCACCUCCCGCAUCAACACUCGCAUCCAGGAAGCGGGGUCAUCUCGGCUCAACGAGACUCCGGGCGGCAAGGGCAGCAACCCUAUCGAUACUACGACAUGUGCAUUGCAGGUGCCUUCUAAUUGGCCAAGCGAUGUGGUCUAUAUCACUCAAAACUUGGUCGCGGCUUCGGUCCCAGACUCGAUUGCCGAGCGAUACGUCCUCCACCCGGCCACGUCCUCCUUGCGCGCCGAUGAAGAGUCCGAGUCGUCCGAAGCAGUCUCGCCAAGCUCUCUGCCGCAGGCUACGCACAACAAUGGACGUGCACAGACGCUCUACGUCGAUUCAAUCCAGGACGAGGUGCCGGUGAUCAUUCAUCCCAUCGAUAAGACGACGCCUUGGUGCCCGGAAUCGUUCCACUCGACCAGCCGUCGGCUGAGCUGUCAUCCCGCAGCUGGAUCGCACGGCCUGUUUGCAGCGCAAGACAUCGAGGGCAAUACGUUCGUGCGUGCGUAUCUUGGCGUGCUACACACCAAGCAGGACGCCGAUUUUCAUUCGACCUACGACCUGAGCCUUUGCCACGACGAUCGGCUCCUCGACAAGUCGCCCGAUUCGGAUGUUGCAGCACUCGCAGACGCCGUCGAUGCCAUCAAUAUUGGCGACGAAGAUGACAAUCCCACGGCGCUUUAUGUCGACAGUCGGUAUUGGGGAAACGAGUCGCGCUUCGUCAACGACUACCGCGGCAUUGCAGACCGACCCAACGUCGAGUUCCGCUCCUUCAUCCAGCUCGAUACCAGCGACGGCAAACCAAAGUUCCAGAUGGGUCUGUUCACAACAAGACCCCUCCGAAAGGGUCAGGAACUCGUCGUCAACUAUGGCAAGAGCUACUGGCUCCAUCACGACCAACUCACCCAGCAACAAGCCCAACCUGCUGCAACCCAGCCAGCCAAGCAGGCACCAAAAGCAACGGUCGAUCCGAUUCAGGCCAUGCUCAACCGCAGUCGCAUGCGCGUCUCUCGCACCGCAGCCCAUCCACACCGUCCCCACCACCCGCCCACACCAGGACCGCAACAGUGA